UGAGAAAUGGCUGCGACCAGUAUGAAGCUGGAAAAGCAGGUUUGGUGCAAGGAAAAAACCAAAGGUCGAAGCCGAAGGAAUCGUCGACGAACGAACGAACGAACGAUCGAUAAACAUAUACAUAGAAGAGAAUUGGAAAAUAUAAAUACAGUUUGAUUUUCUUUCUUUUCUUUGUCCUCGGUCACAUCCUCUUCUCUUUUCUCUUUCUCUGUUUUUCAUGGCGGCAUCUACGGUUUCUAUUAUUUUCAUUUGCAUUUUCGCCAUUUCUACGCUUCGACUCGCAUCAUCGUCGACCGUAUGCCUUCCUCAAUCUCAUAUUUUUCUGAGCAAUCUUCAAUCUCAGUGCCCUACUGCGAUCACCCCCUUUUCGCAUAUCGAGGUGGACGGAGAAUCACUUGACAAAGCUCUGAGCUCCAACCAGAAGAAUCUGAAUACCGCUGUGCUCUUCUAUGCAUCCUGGUGUCCGUUUUCAUGUGGUGUGCUACCCACGUUUGAUGCCCUCAAUUCCAUGUUUCCACAAAUUAGACACCUGGCAGUGGAACAAUCUUCAGCGUUGCCAAGCUUAUUUUCCAGGUAUGGAAUUCAUAGCUUGCCUGCAAUAUUUUUGGUAAAUCAGACAGCAAGGGUACGGUAUUGUGGUCCAAAAGAUUUGUCCUCUCUCAUACAGUUCUAUAUGAGAAUAACAGGAAUCAAACCAGUUGGAUAUUUCACUGUUGAUCGGCCUAGUUGCUCUGGAGAUGAUAAAACUUUGCUUCAACUCUGGAAUGGAUCUUCAGUGAAGGAAAUUCUAAGGAGGGAACCCCAUCUUAUUUUAGCUGUAUUAUUCCUCUGCUUAAGAGCAUUCAUGUACUUCUUCCCAGCAAUGUUAUCUCGUUUCAAGGCUUUCUGGAUUUCAUAUAUCCCCCACCUGAACUUGGGUAUCUUUGGGGAGACAAGCCAGUUAUUGGGCCGUGCCGUUAAUAUGAUUGAUGUGAAGAGGGUUUUCAGCAAGCUGAGGCUAUCUAAGACUAGGAACUUCCAGAAAGGUGCAAAAAAUGCCCGGGUAUGGGCAUCUUCUCUGACCUCUGUCUCAUUGGGUGAGUCAUCUUCAGCAAGAACAAUUCCAUGUGGUGACUUGUGAGUCCGACUGAGCUUGACCUGUCAUCUCGCAGAUCAUAGGGAUGCAAUUUGAGGAAAUGAACUCCUAGUUGGUUGGAAUGUAACAUGUGUGUUGUAGUUCUCAACAGUAGGCAGUUUCUCUCUUUUCUCGCAUGUCCUUCACUUCCUCUCUUAUUUUCUUUUCCUUGCAUAUUUCAUUAGUAGUGGUUAUAACUAAAGCUGUUAACCUCAUUUUGAGUUUUGGGGGACUGAAGAAACCAAAAUCAUGUAAAUUUGAGAACGUCUAGUGUAUAUUAUUUGGCAUUUGGAGGAACA